GUUGUCAAUUGUUGUCAAACAUCAGCGGUCAGUAGUCGUCUAAUUGUCAUACAUAGUUAUAACUUAUAAUUUUGUACUUUGCAGUUUGAGCCUUUCGCCCUUUAUUUAUAUUUAUUAAAUAUUUAAUUGGAAUAUAAAAUGGGAGUCGAUAUCCUUGGUUUUGCAUAUGCUGCAACAGUAGCUGCUGGCGGUAUUAUGGGUUAUGCUAAAGCAGGUUCAAUUCCCUCCCUAGGCGCCGGAAUCAUUUUUGGAUCUAUAUUAGGAAUUGGAGCCUAUCAGCUUUCUCAAGACCCCUCAAACUACUCCCUCAUGCUGGGUACUACAGCGUCUCUUGGAGGACUCAUGGGAUAUAGAUACUACAACAGUAGAAAAUUUAUGCCUGCUGGUUUGAUGGCUGCAAUGUCUGCUGGGAUGUUGGUCAAGUUAUUAAUAAAGAAUGUAAAUGCCCACCCAUUAUCAGUUAAAAAUAACUAAUAAGGCUAGGUGUACAUGUUAGUAAUCAUAUUACUAAACUUAUAAUUCCAUAUUAAGAUGAGUGUGACCCAUGUAGACCUAGCCUAAGCUCACAGUGAUGUUUUACUGUAUAUUACACAGUUUUUUUAUAGUUUAUUUAAUAAUAUUUAUAAACAUUACAAAAUUUACUUUUGUGUUAAAUGUGUUGGUGUUGGGACUGUUGUAAUAAAUUAAUGAUGGUAGAAAUAAAAAUCAAUUAUCAAGUU